UCCAAGUCCUUUUUACACUGACAUCACAUUUAGUCCUAAAUUCGACUGACAGCAGUUGUGGGGUUACAGACUUUCUUGUUUUCAGUUUAGGGUUUCGAUUUUCAGUCUCAAUCUUGGAGGAUACUUGAUGACGUUUGAUGCAAUCUAAAAUGUUGCUUUAGGCUAUCCUAUCAGCUGCAAAAAUAGCUAUGAAUUCUCUGUAUCAGUAGAUUUUGGUAGGAGGUUUUUUCAGACUGUUUAAGAUGGGGGAGUUUGGGAAGCGUCCAUGGAAGGAUGAUGGUGAUAGUAAGAACCAGAAAAGGAGGACUGAAAGAGACCAGAAGGGUAACGAUGAGUUGAUUGUAUAUAGGAUUUUAUGUCCAGAUAAUGUUAUAGGAAGUGUAAUUGGAAAGAGUGGGAAAGUGAUAAAUUCCAUUAGACAAGAGACAAGGGCGAAGGUUAAGGUUGUGGAUCCUUUUCCUGGGGCUAAUGAUAGAGUUAUAACAAUUUAUUGCUAUGUUAAGGAGAAAGAAGAUGUGGAGAUUGAUGAUGAAUUCAAUGAAAAGCAACCUCUCUGUGCUGCUCAGGAUGCACUUCUCAAGGUUCACUUUGCAAUUGCAAAUGCUAUCGCAUCAGUUGGCGAGUCUGACAAUAAGAAGCGGAAAGAUAAGGAGGAAUGCCAAAUUCUUGUUCCGUCAAGCCAAUCUGCGAACAUUAUUGGGAAAUCUGGAAGCACAAUCAAGAAGCUCAGAAGCAAGACAAAGACAAAUAUUAAGAUUACAGCAAAGGAUACUAGUGAUCCAACUCAUUCUUGUGCUUUGGAUUUUGACAACUUUAUUCUGAUAUCUGGAGAACCAGAGGCAGUGAAGAAAGCACUUUUUGCAAUUUCAGCAAUCAUGUAUAAGUUUAGUCCCAAGGAAGAUAUACCUCUUGAUACUACCAUACCAGAAGCUCCACCAAGUAUCAUUAUCCCUUCAAAUGUUCCUAUCUACCCUGCUGCUGGACUGUACCCUAGUGUAGAUCCUAUUGUGCCACACAGAGCUGUUCCUUCUGUUUUAGAUCCUGGACACGUACCUGAGUUUCCAGGUUAUACUGAAACUGGGAGUACAUUUCCUGUCUAUUCAUCUGCUCUUCCUGUAGUUUCUGGUUAUGGGAGUGAUGUUAAAUCUGAGGAAUUGACUACAAGGGUGCUCUGCCCAUCUAGUAAGAUUGGCCGUGUUAUUGGUAAAGGAGGAAGUUCCAUUAAAAGUGUAAGGCAGGCUAGUGGUGCUCGUAUUGAGGUAGAAGAUGCCAAGGCCAAUCGUGAUGACUGUCUCAUCACUGUCAUCUCAACAGAGUCAUCAGAUGAUCAGAAAUCCAUUGCAGUUGAGGCUGUAUUGUUGUUGCAAGCCAAGAUUAAUGAUGAGGAAGAUGACACUGUGACCAUGCGUCUUCUUGUUCCCUCUAAGGUUAUUGGGUGUAUUAUUGGAAAAGGUGGUUCGAUUAUAAAUGAAAUUAGGAAAAGAACUAAAGCAGAUGUACGUAUCUCCAAAGAUGAGAUGCCAAAAUGUGCCGAUGCUGAUGAUGAACUCGUUGAGGUGGUUGGCGAAGUUAGUAGUGUAAGGGAUGCACUGAUUCAGAUAGUUUUGAGGCUUCGUGACGAUGUCUUGAAGGGCAACGAAGGAGUUCGUCAUCCUUCUGGUGGUUUUGAUUCUGUUUACUCUGGUGCUGCUGGCCUUCCAGUACCCUCAAUGUUGCCCAAUGUUCCUUCAGUUGCUCCUUUAACUUAUGAUCAGAGAGCUGAAACUGGGGCUGGGGUUGGCAUGCUCUCAUCAAGUAGCCUCUAUGGUUAUGGUUCAUUUCCGAUUGGAGACAAUAGUUAUGGUUCUUUGCCUACAUAUUCAUCAAAGGUUUAUGGAGGGUUGCCUCAGUCCUCUGCUUUGGAGAUGGUUGUUCCUGCACAUGCAGUUGGCAAAGUCAUGGGGAAAGGGGGAAUGAAUCUCGAGAAUAUUCGUAAGAUAUCUGGAGCAACUAUAGAGAUCCCGGAAUCGAAAUUCUCUAGGGGCGAUCGCGUGGCUGUAAUAUCUGGUACAUCGGAACAAAAGCGUGCAGCUGAAAACUUGAUUCAGGCAUUUAUAAUGGCCACAUAAGUUAUAUCAAGGCAUGUUGGCUUUCUGAUGGGAUUAAGACUGAGACGUUUCUUAUGAACUCUCCCUUUCUAGUUUCAUUUAGGUUCUCUUCUCUGAGAUCCUUCAUCUCUGUGACCUUCUCCAGGACUUGCAUUCUGUCGAUGAAAGCAUCUAUAUAGAUGAUGCUGGUCGAUAAAAGCAUCUAGAUAGAUGAUGCUGGAAGGUUAUCCUCAUUUUCUGUUCUCUGGGCAUUUAGGGCGUAGCUGUGGUACCAUAUAGAAUCUACUCAAUCUGCGGUUUCCUUAGAGCUUAAUCGGAUGUUUUCUUUCCUUUCAUACUGCUUUAGUAGUUCUUAGCCUUGUUUACUGCCGAUUCGAUCUUAUUCUGUCAUUGCUUUGCUCUGACAAUUUAGUACUUGUGUCAGAUUAUGAUGUCCAUAAUCAUCCAACUCAUAGAACAUGGAAUGUUCUGUUUUUUCUUUUUCCUCCUCCUCCUAUCAGCUUCUUUAGAAUGAUCUUCAUUUUUGGUGAGUGGUUAAUGUAGUUGGUCAUUAUCUGUUCCUAAUGCUUCUACCACAUGAUAGCUACUGACUACAGAAAACAGGCAAUGACAAAUGUUCCAGUUCUCAUAUUUUUUGAUAAUCUUGCUUGACCUGGGUAUGAAGUACUCAGGACAAAGUCCAAUAUUCGAUUUGGCCUUUCUGUGACUUUUUGAAAUCACACUGGAUAUUCUCAUUGAUCGACUGCAUGAAUAUAAAGCGGAAAAGCUAAUCUGAUGAUUCUAUGAGAAUAAAUACAUCCCUUAGAAGCUUGAACGUAAUCUGGGUUCAUCCUUUAGCCUUCUUGAAACAGAAUGCAAGCACCACUUAUCAUGUUCUUUAUUCCUUCUGCUCAAUUGCUCCUCAUUUGGUUGUCUUUCUCGACUUAUUAUUCUUUGACAAGCAGCCUCAUGAAAUUCUUAAGUUCCCCUUGAGGGACUUUUUUUUACUCAACUUAGUAUUUACUCUACUUGGAGUAAUCUUGAUGAUUUGUAUAUCAUUUCAUAGCAAUAUAGCCUCUGAUCAUGUUAAUCAGUUGCUCGAGCUACUAUCUUUUUUACUUCUUCCCCUUCUUAAUGGGUUACAAGUACUUCUAUAAUCUUUUGAUAACUCAACAAAUUUUCCUUUUGGUUUUGAGUCUAGUAAAUCCACCCCACAGUCUUACCUACUCUCAUGGAAUCCUCAUAUCCCGAAGUGUUAAAUACCUAUACAAGUGGAAGCAUCCUUAGGCUUAUUUGGUUAGCCUGAUAAUGGGACUACAGUGGAUGGAUUACAAGUUUACAAGUUUACUGUAUUGUCUGAUUACCUUUCUGCAUGGAAUUAUAAGCUUGAGUUAAAAGCCUAAUCCCAUGUAUCUGGGAUGUAAUAUUCCCUCAGGGAAGGGUAGUUUCAGUUAUCCUGGGAUUAGUAGUAGCUGUAUUGAAGAAAAUUGACUCGUUCAUGCCCAAAACUCAUUUUAUUUUUAAUUUUUUUAAUGACUGAACCGUAGGUUGUUGUAGCCAUUACCUGGUGAAAACCAAAUGCAGGAUUAAUGCUUUAGAAAGCAGAAGGAAUCUUUAGACUUUUUUUUGUACUAAGACUAAGGCCGCAGGUGUUAUUAUCAAUGCCCCAAAUAGCUAGUCUUUAGAAGGAAAGAAUGGAUUUCUAUUCCCACUUAUUCAAUUUGCCAGCUGAAUGAGCCAUCAUAAUAUCAGAAGGUAUCAGGCCAAUAGUGUUAAAGAAACUCUGUGCAUUUUCUGAAAUUAAACUAAUUAAAAGUAUGCUAUUCCUAUGGAAUAUUUAGGGACAAGAAACAGUUGAUAUCAUUCAUAACAUCUCAUAACAUUUCACCCUAGUUCAUCCAUGCUUCCAUGAACUUUCUUGAUGUUACAACCUUUAUGACAGAUCAUUUGUGUCAUGAUCUGAGUUAUGGCUUUGUCUUCACUGACAAACUUCCUUCAGUGUUUGCUGUACCUAUCAUCAUCACAAUGUAUUUGUAUCUCUAGGUGGUUGAGAAUCUGUCUUUUCAGCCACUGAAAAAUGUUUCGGUCAUCAAUAUUUCAAUUUCCACUUUCAUGUGUGUUUUUGUCAUCAAUAUUUCAAUUUCCACUUCAAUGUGCCUCCAUGUAUUUGGCAGGUAAUUACUGUACACAAGUGUAAUAUGUAGUAAUCAUUAAAAUGAUCCAUUAA